AGAAUGCACAGUGUAAAUAUAAGCCUCUGGGACAUGACCACUCACGUGUCUUCUGUUUUCCUUGCACGCAGCACCGAGCCAGCAGAAGAAGAAAGGUACCUACCCAUACUUUAGUAGUAAUAUAAUUUCCUCCUUUUGUGUGUUUUACAAAAGUCAUAAAAGUCUGCAGGAGAAUUAGGCUAAACGAGGUGUUGCAACUUUAAGUGUAAUAGUCAGUAUUAGAUUAAUAUUUUUUUUGCAUGGUAUCCCAUACAUCAUAUUCACCAUCUUGUGAUGCAUGUGGAGAAAGCUCUUGCAGCAUCAUGGGUCUGGGACUGUCACGUAGAAAUCUUUAUAGCACGCUGUGAAUACACUGACAUACACUGAAGGCUGAGGAAUGUGGAUCUGUGUCAACAAACCCACAUGUGGCUCAGUGUCAGAAAGCCUGGUAAUAUAUGUCUGUGUUUCCCAAAUCCUAGGCUACCACUGGGAAGACUAUGACAUGCAUGGCCCCCACACGCUGGUGGGCUGCGGCAGCGAGGGGGCCACGGCCGCCCCGCCAGACUUGCUGAUGCUGAGCCAGGGCACCUCCCUCUUCCACGGAGACGACCUCAUGGAGGGAACGCCACUGCUGCCAUGCUCUGCUGCCACACCCCUGCUGAGUGUGGACGCCCGGGGCGGUCCAGACGGCCGGGACACACCAGACGGUGACGAGGACAAUGAUGAUCCCUGCAGCUUUGAGGAAAUACUCCUGGCAAAUAAUAUAUCUGUUGACUCAUGCCAAGACCUGACUUUUGAUCAUUCGUCUAAAUACAACAUUGUCUUGGACCUUGAAGAUGACUGCCCAGAGUCAGCCCUGAAGAUAUCCAACAUGCCUUCUGUCAUCGAGGACGCCAACAGGCUCGGCAGCCCCAGGAGCCGCCGCCCCUUCCACUGCAGAGACUACAGCUGCGUGUCGGACCUGUCCUUCCUCUCCGCCCUGGAGGAGGAAGGCGUUGACGACUCAAUGUCUGAACUCCAGGAAUCUGACUAUGAGCUGCUGGAUAGAGUCAGUGAGCCCCUCACACCCACACUGGUGCAGACUUCCCUCUCAGAAGUGUUUCUAUAGUCUUGUGAUGUGAUGACAGCUGCUGCUGGACAAGGAGCAAAAACUUUUUACCCCACCAACUCCCAGCAAUUUGUUUAACAUUAAAUUAAAUAUGUGGGAAAGAUAAAUAUGAAUUACAUGAUAGGUAGGUAGAUAGAUAGUAGAUGGAUGAAUAGAUAGGUAGAUGUACCGAGAGAAAGAAGAAAUUAUUAAAUAUACUUUUAUACAAAUAUAUACAUAACAUACACAUUCUGUUCAUGUUUCAGACAAACUUGCAUUCAUGGAAAGAUUACUAAAAUCUAAUUUACCACAAACUAAAUUCAUUAUUCCGUAAGGAAAAAAUGGAACAGGUGUAGUUGCUUUCUAUUACUGCAUGAAAACCUGGAGUAACCAACAGCACUUGUAUAAAUUAUCUAAAGUAUCACAAGCAGUGUGCAACAUUUUCUCAAGCCAAGCCUUCACAUGUCAGGUCAGCACAAUGCAUAGAAGAGAACAUUUUUACCAAAAAGGCUGAGCCGAGUGAGUCGAGAAUCACAUAAAGUUUUGUACAAACGAGCAAAGGACAGAGACACUGUGUUUAUGAACACACAUUAUCUCAGGAUGGUUAAGGGAAGCCACUUGUAGCCAGCCCAAAGGGGUUACAAGCUGUUGCCAAAGGUGGGGUUUCAUGUUAAAGCAACAGGAUGAGUCAGUGAGUGUAUUGUGAGGCACAAGCCACAGAGCUGUUCCCGUGUGGACUGAAGGCUGCUGUACUGAAGGGGGAGGCACGACUAAGGCCAUCAAAAAUAUGCCUCGCGCCAGAUAAGAUAGUACAAAUAGACCUCAAGAUGCUGGAGAGGAUGUGCAUAAGCCAUCAUAUUGUAAAAUGUGUUAUACCAUUUUUUAUACUUUAGUAUGUUUUCAUAGUCUGAAAAUGCAAGUGCACCUAUUAUCAUUAUUCCUCAUGGGAAUUUUAAGUUAAAGAAAUUCAUAUUAUGCAACCCAUCCAUGAAUGCAAGUCCACAUCAGUCAUUAUAGUCCAUUUCAUUCCAUCUGUCCACUCACGAACUUAGAUGUGGCACCUGCGCAUUGUUAGUUCAUGAUUGCGUGAAGAUAAACUUUAUAUUUUCAGCGAUGUAUUUGAAUGUUUGUGUAUACAAAAAAACCUUGUCUUUUUAUAUGAACCGCAAACAUGCUGAUUUGCAUCGAUAAUCUACCAAGAGUUAACCAGCAUCUCCAUUCUCUCAUCCCCUUCACAGGUAAACUCUGGAACAGUCUUCCUUCAUCUGUAUUUCCUCCUGCCUAUGACUUGACCUCUUUCAAGAAGAAUGCAUCAAGACACCUCUCCACCCGAAAUUGACCUCUCUUUUGGCUACUCUUUACUUUCAACUUUUGUAGAAGCGGCGAGUAGCGGGCCCUUUUUUUUACUCUGUUGCCCUUGAGCCGCAUCUUUUGAUAUAUAUAUAUAUAUAUAUAUAUAUAUAUAUAUAUAUAUAUAUAUAUAUAUAUAUAUAUAUAUAUA